UAUUAGCUCAGAAAGUGUGUCUUUGAUGUAGGUUAAAUUUGUUUAGCUUUCUGUUGAGUUGUCUGUCUUAUCCUACUAGAUUACGUUCGUCACUUCCCAAAGGAAGUAUUUGUAUAUUAUUAUAUUUGUAUUUUUUCUCUAGUGUUUGUUCUUGCAUCAGAAACUCUUAAUAUUUGUGCUACGGUCUUUCUGGAUGUCACUACGCUGGUGUACAAUUACUGCCAUGCUGAGUCCUGCAGGGGCAAAUAUCAGAUUGCCUUUUCUUGGUCGUGUUGGUUUGCAUUGUUGUUUGGAAAUGUCCUAGAUUCCUCUAGGACAGUUGGAUUUCAAGACCAGUACCUUCUAAUUUCCCAAGGGAACCUUACCAAAGCAUUAAUGAAGAUCCAUCCAUCCAUCCAUCAUUCCAUCCAUCCAUCCAUCAUCACACACCACAUUAUCUGUCCAUUUCUCUCUUUAAUAGAUUGAUCUGUGUGCUGCUGUUGUCUAGGUUGCACCAUCUCAAGUAUCUGUUCCCUUUCCACUGGCUUUAUACUGAAUAUUGAUACUACCUGUGUGCCCCUUGCCUUUGCCUGAAUAGUUUGCUGACUUGGCAUUUGUGAAGGAGGUCAAACAUACUGCAGCAAUGAAGCAGCUGCAAUAGCGGCAUCAUUUAAGGAGGGAAGACAAGUACAGUUCAUUUAGCUCUAACACCAGCCAGUCUCGUGGAUUAAGUAUUCUCAUCUAAGCCAGUCUGCUGGUGCUCAUCCUUAGUGGGACUGCCUCCCUGCCACACGCUCUCUUUGCCUGGAACUGCCGUCAAAGGAGGGACAGGCUCAACAGGAGCUGCUCUGCAUGUCUCUCAUUCGUUCGCAACUCCAGGACCUGUUUGCUUUACGACGCUGUCUUUUCAGCUCUGUCAUCCUCCUCUCUCAGUGUGAGAUGCAGAGCAGUGAUGGGAAGACAGAGGAAACAGCUGUUAGCAUUAGCUUUUAGCUGUCUCUGUCAAGGAGGCUGCCAGAGGUGAACCUGUCGUCUGACAUCCUGCCUGGUACCCUCAACUCUGCCGUGUGGGAUGGGCAGGGGUGUGGACAGCCAGUCAGGGACUUGAGGGAUAGUCACCGGGCAGGCAAUGCCGGAUAAGAAGGGACGAGGACAUGGAGGAGGAGGUGGGGGCAAGAAGAGGCUGAGGAAAGGAGGCAGCCGUUCAGCUAUCCCUGCUCUGUUCACCAUCACUGAAGAAGAGGAGGGACAGAAGCGUAAAGACACUGUGAGGAGGAAGAAAAGAGCUUCUUCUCAGUACAAACUGGAAGAUGGCCAUGUGUCUUCAACUGCCCAGCACAGCUCCUCGACCACCCCGUCACACGCGACUAACAGUAACAGCCCCAAUAGUUAUUCCUCAACCAAACCAGCAGAAGUGCUUCUCUUCAACAAGAUCGAUGAGCGGCAGAGGUUGGCCCGCGAGCGCCGGGAGGAGCGUGAGAAGCAGAACGCUGUCAAGGAGGCCCAGUGGCAGGCCCGGGAGGAGCGGGCCAGGCAGCACUAUGAGAAACUCCUGGAGGAGAAGAAGAGGAAGCUGGAGGAGCAGAGGAUGAAGGAGGAGAAGCGACGAGCUGCCGUGGAGGAGAAGAGACGACAGAAACUUGAGGAUGAUAGAGUUCGUCAUGAAGCCGUGGUCCGGCGGAAUUUAGAGAGGACCCGCCCACCGCGACAGAAGCAAAACCGCUGGUCAUGGGGUGGAACGCUGCAAACAAACACGCCCAGUACGCCAGCUGGUUUUGUCGAGUCGGCUUUCUUCUGUCCACUCGACCUUGCCGGACUGGAGCACAUGAACAGUGCUUUCAGUCUCUACCGCAGAUAUGGAAUGACCUCCCAAUAUGUGGACAGACGGUCUGUAUCCACAGUGAAUUUGUCCAAACACACUGACCCAGUCAUCACCAAGCGCCUCUCCUCGUCUUCGUACACACUCCUGCACUCACCUGACCGAGGUUUACAGAUGAGAACCGCCUCCUCCCCUGUCAUUAACAAAGCUCAGUCCAAACUCCGACUACCGCAGGGAACGACCACUCAGGCCAAAAAUACAGGCCUGCGCCGCCUUCCGCUGACACCCUGGGAGAGCAACAUGGUCAACCGUCUGCAGCAGCCGACACACUCCUACCUGGCCCGCAGCCGCAGCGCCAUGAGUCUGUCGGGAGAACACGCGGCCGUCCCUGUCUGUCCCCGCUCAGUGUCCUGCCACCCCAUGGGCUCCAUGUCAUUCAAGGCCCUGCAGGCUCAGCCGGUUCCUCACUGCCGUAGCCAUGACAGGAGUCUCAGCAGAGAGACCGCCUCCUCUACUUCCACUCGCCGGAGAACAACUGGAAACCCACAGCCGAAGAAGAACGAGCAUGUGCGGAAGUCCUGGAGCAACCUCACACUCCCGUUAACUCCCAUCCUGAGUUUACCUCCCACCAAGCGCUCCGCUUCACCAAGCAAAAGACACAGCAAAGCAACAUCCCCCUCUCCUGGCAGACCCACACAGAGAGUUACAGGGCGCCCCCCUACUCCCAAGCUGGUCAAGUCUCCAGCUGCUGAGGACCCUGGGAACCUUCGUCCGGUCAAGAUCAGCCCAGAGAGUACUCCAAGCCCACAAGAGGAAGAGGAGCAGGUCCUCAGUCCUCCUCAGCCUCGGCCUCAGCCACUCGGCCAGAACAAGAGUAGCACGGAGUCGACGCCUGUAACAACCCCAGCAAGUGAGGUUGCCAGCAGUCCUUCAGCCCACAAACCUUCAGCUGGGACCACAGAUCCAGAAGAAGCGAGCCGCAUCCUAGCUGAGAAACGGCGGCUGGCUCGAGAGCAAAGGGAGAAGGAGGAAGAGGAGCGCCGACAGCAAGAGGAGCAGGCCAGACUGGCCAGAGAAGAGAUUUCUCGCAGACAGGCGGAGGAGCGAGCGAAGAGAGAGGAGGAGGCUCAGAGGCUGGCGGAGGAGAAACGGAUAAAGCAAGAGGAGGAGAAGAGGGCUGAGGAGGAGAGGCUGGAGAAAGAGAGGGAGGAGGCGGAGAGGAUCCAGAAGCAGAAAGAGGAGGAAGAGUCUCGCCAGAGAGAGGAGGCGGAGAGACUGCGGCAGGAGCGAGAGAAACACUUCCAGAAGGAAGAGGCAGAGCGCCUGGAGAGGAAGAAGCGUCUGGAGGAGAUCAUGAAGAGGACAAGACGCUCCGAUGCCGACAAGCAGAAGGUUGCUCCCAACAAGACUGAUGACGACACAACUGCUGCCUCUACAAGUCCACCUGCAGACCCCGAGUCCCCACCGCCUCACAGCAACGGCAGCAGCCAUGAACUCGAGCCUCAGUCUGACCCCAGCACAACUGAAGAGGGUGCCACUGAGCAGAGAGAGAACGGGGAGUUUGAGGAGGUCAUAGUUCUGCCCGCACAUUCCAGAUUGUCUCCUCCUGAAGGGGAAGAGCAGCCGCCGCUGCAGGAGGAGAGAGUUCCUGUCAUAGCUUUUAAGGAGAACGGUCUCCUGAAGCCUAUGAGUGGACUAGAGGACAUAUCUGCCCAGCAGGGGCCAGAUGUUGCCUGAGGAGCCGCGCAGCUUCCAGAUGAACUUGAGGUGAGGAGAUGACGGCUGUUGGACUGAACCAGAGGAAAAAACCGUCGGCAUGAUCGGCUCCUUCUAAACAUCCUCUCAGAAAGGCACUUUUUUUCUAACCAUGGUGCGUUCUAAAGUCAUCUCCAGAAGUUAGUUCAGCUGUCACCCAUCUCUGGUGCGCACCUGGAACCACCCGACACCAAGAACUUCAUAAUCCCGCGUGACUCUGAUGAAUUAUGACGUGAACACAAAUCAGUCUUAAAUUGUGAUACUUGAAGAGAUUCUUAGAGUCAGAACCAGCACUAUGAUGAAACUGGAUUAGAAUGAAGGAUCCAAACAAACUGGAGGAGGGGAUCUGGAUUCUCCUGGAACUGUAGGGGUCGAGCUACUGAUCUUGUUUAGUUUAUUUAAUUCCUGUAAAUCUUAUAUGUAUUUAUCAUUUCCACCUAAUAUCUCAGCGGUGAUCCUCCAAGUUCUUUAUUUUCUCUUCCCAUUUAAUCUGCAUCCUCCACUUUGAACCACGCAGAGGACCUCGCUACAGAGUGUUUGAUUGAUUUCCCAAGUGUGAAAAUCAUUUUCUCCACAUCUGGAUGGUGCAGCUAAUUUCGAUGCUCUUAUGCCUUAGAGCGAGAGUAUUUACGUUUGGAUUUUCUGGUCUGGAAGCUUUAACUGUGUGGAUGUUUUGUUCAAAGCACUGAUGUAAUUUCACGUUAAAUUUUUCGUUUAAAAAUAACGGCUCAGCAAAUUAAACCAUAAGGAAAAGCCUCCCCUCGUGACUUGCAGCUCAUCCACUGCAGUGUUGUCUUGCAGCGUACGCAAGUGUCAAAUAUGUAUAGAAGUAAAUCUAUGUUGCAGGCCGAGCACUCAGAUCACUGAAGUGGUCUUACAGAAGAAAAUUCUGAUGUUAAUGAGAAACGUUUCUAUCAAUGCUUCAGCUUUGUUUGCUGAGAAAUAAAUUUGUUUUGACUUGCUUUUGUGUG